AGCGGGGGCGACCAAAAGCCCUUACCACACGCUGCAGCGACACGGCGGCAGCGCUCCGGUCCGCCAGCCGGACUCGCACAGAGGAAGGGCGCACGCCCACCGUGCCGGAGAGCUGCUGCCAGGUGCCGCUUGCCACGGACGACUGCGCGAGCCAUCCCCGACACGGAGGCUGUCCGCCGCCCCGCCAUGGUGACCGCAAGGCAAGUGCUCUGUCUUUGUGCUUUCCUCUCCCUGCCGCACGCUCGCGCCGACCCCAUCCGCUACUCCGUAGCCGAGGAGAGCGAGAGCGGCUCCCUGGUAGCCAACGUAGCGGAGGACGUGGGGCUGGCCCCGGCGCAGCUCUCGGCUCGCCGCGCCCGCCUGCUCUCGGAGGACGGCCGGCAGCACUUUCGCUUAGACCCGGCCACCGGCCGCUUCGUCGUGGCCGAGAGGCUGGACCGCGAGGAGCUGUGCGGCCAGUCCGCUACCUGCACGCUGCCCUUCGAGCUCCUGCUGGCAAACCCCGUGCAGUUCUUUCGGGUGGAGGUGGCCGUGGAGGACAUCAAUGACCACGCGCCCGUUUUCCCCGAGGAACGGGUCAUUCUUAAGAUACUGGAAACGAGCUCCCCUGGCUCUCGUUUCCCUUUGGAGGGAGCUCAGGACCUGGAUGUUGGCAGCAACAGCAUCCAGGCUUACAGCAUCGUACCUGAGAAUGAGUACUUCAGCAUUGACUUUGGAACUCAAACUGAGGAUGCCAAAUACAUUGAACUUGUUUUGGAAAAGCCAAUUGACAGGGAGGAGCAGGCAGAGAUGGAUUUCAGUCUCAUUGCCAUAGAUGGGGGCUCUCCACCUAGGAGUGGAAGCACCGAAAUCUACAUUGUCAUUCUAGAUGUAAAUGACAACGCUCCCAUCUUCUCACAGAAGGCUUUCAUUGCACAGGUUUUGGAAAAUGCCCCGGAGGGUUCUUUUGUUAUCAGAGUAGCAGCAACAGAUCGUGAUACGGGAGUUAAUGGGGACAUCUCCUAUCAGAUCAGCCAAGCAGGAGACCAGAGCCACUCAGCAUUCGACAUUGACUCCAGGAGUGGUGAAAUUAAACUCACAAAGCCUCUGGACUUUGAGACAGCAAAGAAUUAUGAGCUUAGAGUGCGGGCCACAGAUGGUGGGGGCCUUUCAGCAAUCUGCAGAGUGUUGGUGGAAGUGGUGGAUGUGAAUGACAAUGCACCCGAGCUGGUGGUCAGUUCCUUCAGUAGCCCCAUCCCUGAGGACUCAUUGCCUGGAACAGUCGUCGCCCUCUUUACUGUUAAAGACGAGGAUUCUGGUUCCAAUGGGAAGAUCUCUUGUGCCCUUGAGGACCAGCUGUCAUUCUCCUUGCGGCCAGCCUACAAGAAUUACUUUGAGCUUGUGACAGUCAGUGCACUGGACAGGGAGGAGAAGGCACGGUACAUCCUGACUGUCACAGCAGCAGACGCGGGAUCACCUCCUCUCACAAGCACACAAACCUUCACAGUGGACAUCUCUGACGUGAAUGACAAUGCCCCUGUGUUCAACCAGACAUCGUAUACUAUGUACGUACGUGAGAAUAAUGUUCCCACAGUGCUUGUUGGGACUGUCAGUGCUGUAGAUGCCGACAUGGGGUCUAAUGCCAAGGUGACCUAUUCUCUGAUCCCAGCCCACCCUACAGAGCAGCCUCCCUGCUCCUGCAUUUCUGUGAACUCUGAGAAUGGGGAUGUGUUUGUGCUGCAGCCCCUGGACUAUGAGCAGGUGAGGCAGAUUGAGGUCAUGGUGAGUGCCUCUGAUGCAGGGUCACCACCUCUCAGUGCCAAUGUCACCGUCCGUCUUGUUGUGGUGGAUGAAAAUGACAAUGCCCCGAUGGUGCUUUACCCCUCACAGGACAGCAGCCCUCCAUCCAGUGAGCUGGUUCCUGUUAUGGCUGAGGCAGGCUACCUCAUCACCAAAGUGGUGGCUGUUGAUGCUGACUCCGGACAGAACUCAUGGCUUUCGUACCAUUUGCUGAAGGCCUCCGAUCCUGGGCUGUUUGUGGUGGCUGCCCAAAGUGGGGAAGUGCGACUGAGGAGAUCGGUGACAGAGAGAGAUGCUGUGAAGCAGAAGCUCGUCAUACUGGUGCGAGACAAUGGGCAGCCACCACUAUCAGCCACUGCAGCACUGAGUGCACUCCUUCUCAGUGACUUCUCUGAUGUGCACCUUCCGCACAGCAGCCUGGCUACAGAGGAUGAGGGCAGCUCCCUGACAGUGUAUUUAAUAAUUUCUUUGGUCUUCGUCUCACUCCUCUUCCUUGUGUCCACAGCAGCCUUUGUCAUUCGCAAGGUGUGCAAGAGAAAGGAGCUGAAGGAUGGGCAUGUGCUUUACGGUGCCAGCAACUUGCAGACCAGCCUGGCUGAUGCAGCUGCUUCAGGGACCCUGCCCCAUGGCUUUUGCUAUGAGAUCAGCCUCACAACGGGCUCUGGCAACAGCGAGUUCAAGUUCCUGAAGCCCAUCCUCCCCAGCCUGCCACCACAGCUCCAUGCCACACAUGGGGUUACCAACAAUGAACUAGAUUUCCCCUGUGGCACUCUUAAUAAGGAGGACGUGGCACCAGACAACCAUGGGAUGCGUUCUGCAGAACAGUUCAAUAGUCUUUCUUUUAACUAGCAUUGUGUUGGCACAGGCAUAGGUUUAGUGUCUUAUAAUAGGAAGGGAUCCAUGCUAAGAUAUGUGGCAAUGUGACCUCCAGAGUAAAUCUGUAUUUACAGUUGACAUCAGUGACUUCCCAUGAAGACAAAGUGACAGAAAAUACUGACUUCACCUACCCAAAACCCCCAAGC